GGACACAUUUGACUCUUCAUUAUUGAGUUUCACUGUUUUUUUUUCUUUAUCCAGUAUAAAGUUUAAUAAUGUGUUUUUGCACAAAACUACCUUUAGUUUGUCCAUUUGAAAAGCAAAAAUGUUAAGUGCAAUAUGGAGCAAAACACAGUAAAAAAGCAGGACUAGGUAACCUGUAUAGAGGUAUUAAGAUACAGUAAAGUGUUUGUCCGAAAAGGUGACGUACUUCAGUCCUCCAGCCGCCAGGGGCGCUGUAAGGAGGAGCRUGAAAUGGAAAACCUGUCAAAGGUUUGAAGGUAGUUGGUUAUCUCUAUCAUACUGUAUAUUUUAAUUAUCUAACUCUUAAAAUGAGUAGCUCUGGUCGCUUCAUGUAUUUUGCAUUUGGGAGUAACUUGUUAAAGGAGAGAUUACAGCUGGCGAAUCCAUCGGCUACGUUCUUCUCUACCGGUCGAUUAAAGGACUAUAGACUGAACUUUGGCUUGUGUGGCAAAAACGUGGUAACUGCAUGGCACGGUGGAGUGGCCACCAUUGAAUUCUGUCCUGGCUCAGAGGUGUGGGGGGUAAUCUGGAGUUUGAGCUUUGAUGACUUCUACAGCUUAGACGAGCAGGAAGGUGUGAGCAGAGGAAAAUACUCUCCACUGGAGGUCUCUGUGGAAAUGGAUAAAGGCACUAUUAUCUGCAGGACUUAUCAGAUGAACAAUUUCCUCACCUGUCUGACCUCUCCUCAAUACAAACAGGUGAUGUGCAUGGGCGCAGAGCAGAACGGGCUCCCAAAGGAGUACCUGAGGAAGCUGGAGGCCCUUCAAACCAACAACUACAGUGGGCCGACGGUCCUUGAUCAAAUCAAGACGGCCAUGAAGCAGAGAGUGAAGAGUUGAUGACAUCAGAUAUUAACAAUUAUGGACUGGUCGUUUUAAGAAAACGAAAUGAAGUGGCCCACGUUGACCAGGUAGGCUGGGUCCUUCGAAGGACGCAGCCCCURAAUUUAGGCACAAUCCUUAAGCAUUAGUAUCAAUGCUUAACUGAAGAUAUUUUAUUGCACACACAACUGGAACUGAAAACCUGGAGUUUCCCUGCUUAUGUAAAUAUACUGAGUUUAUGAUGGCACUUAUGAGAUGUUUGGCUGGGUCCAAAAUAAUAAAAAAUUACAUAUUUAUGUCAGACAAGAAAUUUCCUCUUUACACUGAAAGCUAUGAAAUAUAUUUUAUUGUACUGCCUUGGUUAUGUAGCAUUCUAGUUACCCAGGAAAUAAAUGUGCUUGGAUUGAUAUGGAAAAUAAAAAAUAUAAACUUUUAAUGAAAAAUAAAGAUGAAAAUGAUUAUGAGGAAACUACUAUUUGUUUACAGCACAGUGGCCUUGAACAGAGUGAUGUUUUAUUUAUUUUUAUUUACCUAAACCCACAUACUUUCAGGAAUUAUAGAAAAUACUAGUACAAAAAAGGGGUGACGAACACAGGAUACCUAAAAACAAGUCAUGAUGCAUCUCUAUAGGUAUUUCCACAAGCCUAUGCAAAUACGUAGACUUCACAAUGGCACAAAUUGUAACUCGUUAUUUAAAAAAAAAAAAA